GCCACUGGUCUCAAUGCGGAUCGGGCUAUGACAGCCUCCGUGCUCCUCCAUCCUCGCUGGAUCGAGCCGGUCAUGUUUCUCUACGACAACAGCCUGGAAGAGAUCAACAAGAACAUGGAAGCGGGGUUCCACGCGGCGGCCGCGGCCGCGGCUGCAGGCACCAACUUCGUGGCGGCCAACCAGUGCCGGAAUCUGAUGGCUCACCCAGCCUCGCUGGCCGGUCCGGGCAGCGCCGCCGCAUAUCCGUCGAGUGAAGCGCCCAGCGCCGCCGGAAUGGCCGAGACCGGGGCAGCUGUCAAGCAGUGCAGUCCUUGCUCGGCCGCCGUGCAGGGCUCAUCAGGCCCCGCCGCCCUGCCCUACAGCUACUUCAGCAGCGGCUAUUUCCCCUGCAGCGUCAACCACCACCACCACCACAACGCCUCGCUCAAGUCCUGCGCCCAGCCAGCCUCCUCCUCCUCCUCCUCCUUCGCCGACAAGUACAUGGAGACGUCGGUGGCGGCUUCCAGCGAAGAUUUCCCCUCGCGCGCCAAGGAGUUCGCCUUUUACCAGGGCUACGCCGCCGGACCUUACCAACCCAUGCCGGCGGGCUACCUGGAUAUGCCGGUGGUGCCCGCGCUCGGCGGCCGCGGCGAGCCCAGGCACGAUUCCAUGCUGCCCGUGGAAGGCUACCAGCCCUGGGCCAUCCCUAACGGCUGGAACGGGCAGGUCUAUUGCCCCAAGGAGCAGAGCCAACCGCCCCACCUGUGGAAAUCCGCUCUGCCGGAUGUGGUUUCACAUCCUUCCGAUGCCAGCUCCUACAGGCGUGGAAGGAAGAAACGAGUGCCUUAUACAAAAGUUCAGUUAAAAGAACUGGAGAGGGAAUAUGCUACAAAUAAAUUCAUUACCAAGGACAAGAGAAGAAGGAUAUCGGCUGCUACAAAUCUCUCAGAGAGGCAGGUCACAAUUUGGUUCCAAAAUAGAAGAGUGAAAGAAAAAAAAGUCAUCAACAAAUUGAAGACAAGUAGUUAAUGGAUUUAAUAGAAAUGUAGCUGCUUCCCGAGGCCUCAAAAUUCAAUUUUUCCCGCCUGGCCCAAUUUAAAAUACUAAUGAAAAAUACAAAAUAAUGAACUUUUUCUUUAUUAAAAAAAACCCUUUCUGUCUUUGGAUAGAUGGCUUUUGAACAAGUAUGGUUAUUAGACGCCUUUUAAGACGCUCUCCUGAAAAUCCAAAAGGCACCACUGCAGGGACUGAUUUAUAAAAUCCAGAUGGACCAGGGAUAUUGCAGUUCAAUUUUUAAAAGAUAACAUAUUGUUGAAAACAGUGUAAGUAUUAUUUGUGACUAUUUUAGAAUGCUUUUGGAUUAUAAUUGGGAAAAUUUGUUUUUAAAAAAUAUACACACACAAACAUACAAGUAUUCCAUUGGUUAUAUUAUGAUCCCAAGAAACACGUCAAAUAGUAAAUUUGGUGCAGUAAAGAAUGUACAGUUGCUGUUCAUUUAAGCAAUAUAUCUUUUUUUUUCUUUUAAAGGAAGGUACUGAGUAAAGAUUUUGGCAGACAGCAAUGAAACAAAUUUUAUGUAGGAUUAAUCUUGAGUUAAAAGCAAGAUAAACUGCUAGAAUUUUGGGGGGGAAGCUGUUAGCAUAUUUUUCAGUAGCUCAUUUCAGCAUGCAUAAAUUCAGUGAAGAAAUGGGAUUUUCUCUAGUUUUGUAAAGAAACUUUAUACAUUUCAAGGUCAAUGACUAAUUAUCAAGUGAUAAUUAAUUACAUUAAUUAAAUAUCAAAUACCAUACAUUAUUCUUUUAAAAUAUGUGACACAGAUAAAAACUGGCAGCACAGCCCUAUUAUUUCAAUGAAAAAGUUGUUUUUUAGAAGACAAUUAUCUCUAAGAAACCCAGAGUGAAAAUUAUGUCUUUCCCACAAGUGUUUUGAUUUCUAUGUCUAUAUUUUGAUCUAUAAGUAAAUAGUUUUCUAUCUUUGUUUUACAGUUAUAAGGCUGCAUUAGAAAUACGAAAUCAUUUUACAUCCCUCCCCCCAAUAAAUCAAUUAUUUCAACCAGCACAUUCUAUGCUUUUCCUUGCUCACUAGAUGACACAGUACUAUCCUGUAAAUAAUAAUAAUAAUAAAAAAUUCACUUUGAAAAUGUAUUUCUGCACCCCUAUUUUUUAUAUUUUUACUGAAAAUUAAAAUCUAAAAUCUAUAGAUAGAUACUAGCAAUAUGCCUGU